AUGCUCAUCGCCAGACGCCAACGAAACGCUCGACCCCCAACCAGCUGUUCAAGCAGCAAGUCAAACACGCCGCAAGAUUAUGCCGCCGCCGCCGUGAAGUCGAUCAAAGACCAGUGGAUCGAGCAAGGAAUCUGGGACAGCACCUGGGACGACACGAGACUCGCGGAUGAGCGGUGGUACUGGAAGCAUGAGGUGCGACCCGGAGUCACUGGGCAAUUACGGCCUGGACAUUUGAUGCCCGAGAGCUUGCAUGACAGUAGCAGCGCCUCCCGCCCAUUUAACCAGUUCGUGUUCCAGCUCAAGGUAGAAUGCCGGAGGCUGGCCGAGCUCCUCCGUGACAGGAGUUCUGUGCUGAGCGGGUCCAUCUUGCACACAAUUUACAGCAACGCGUACACGAGCUUGAGGAAUCUCUGGGUCUCAUGGGGCAUUUGGUACAGUGGCUGGAAGGUCAUGCCCGGCACCAGUUGGAUCCAUGAGCUCCCGCUGGAGGCCUGGCUCAAGGGGGAGAUGGGAGACGAUUAUAUUGCUCACGAUGAGAGCUCGGCAUGGGUGAAGUAUAUCCCCGAGGACCCAGGGGACCCAUCUUUGUUGAAGCCACUUGCUUCGCUUCAGGGGCAGUUCACUGCACCAGCCGGUCGCCCUUCUGGGUUUUCCGACUUCGCGAGAUCCCCUGCCAAAUUUGGCACGACCGCGGCGGCCAUUGCUUCCAACGCGGCAAAGGCUGCCAAAUCUAUCAAGCAACUACCCAAGUCGGCUACCGCGAAGAAAGCCAAGGACCAACCCAAGUCCGCUGCCCCGGCCAAGAAAGCAAAGACUGUCAAGCAAACCAAGAAGACGCCGGCAACGCGAACUCGGGUCCAGCCGUCGGGAGGAGUGUCCAAGAGUAGACGGAGUCCCCCGCCCCCUCGGAGGAGUGGUCGUCUGCAGGGUGUCGAUGAAUAG